AUGGCACUUAGCAACAAUGUCAUCGGAGCCAUCAACUUUGUUGCCAUGCUCCUCUCCAUCCCAAUCAUUGGUGCCGGAAUUUGGCUUGCCACAGAGCCAGACAAUUCUUGUGUCAAGAUUUUACAAUGGCCUGUCAUAAUUUUGGGCAUCUUGUUCCUGGUUGUGGGCAUUGCAGGCUUUGUGGGAGCGUUUUGGAGAAUCCCAUGGCUCCUUAUCUCUUACCUCAUUGCCAUGCUGGUUCUUAUAGUCUUGCUUGCUGCUUUGGUGGUCUUCAUCUACAUGGUCACCAUUAAAGGCUCUGGCCACCUCGAACCGAGCCGGUCUUACCUGGAGUAUCAUCUGGAUGACUACUCAGGCUGGCUUCGCCGUAGAGUGCGAAGCCCUUGGAAGUGGGACCGCAUAAAAAGUUGUCUCAGCUCAACAAAUAUGUGUGGUGAGUUGAAUCAGAGUUAUCGCAUGGCUCAGGAUUUCUUUAACGCGCGCAUUACCCCCUUACAGUCAGGAUGUUGUAAGCCACCCACACAAUGUGGCUACACCUUUGUGAACCCAACGUAUUGGAUAAGUCCCAUAAACAAUGCAGCAGACAUGGAUUGCCUGCAGUGGAGCAAUGACCAGACCCAACUUUGCUUCAACUGCGAUUCUUGCAAAGCUGGCUUGCUUGCAAAUAUCAAGAAAGAAUGGAGAAGAACCGACAUAAUAUUGCUCAUCACUCUUGUUGCUCUAAUUUCUGUGUAUUUGAUUGGCUGUUGUGCUUUCAGAAAUGCCAAGACUGAGGACCUUUUCAGAAAAUACAAACAGGGCUAUACCUGA